GCGGGCUGGGCCCCUAAGGCCUUGGCCCUGGCGCUGCUCCCGCCCUUCCCCAGCGGCGGGUCGAGGAGAGAGCGGGGUCGGGAGCGCAGUGCGGAGCGACCGUCUGAGUCCAGGCGUCCCCGAGAGCGUGCGGCUCGUGCCCAGGCAGGAGAUGGAGCCCCCGGCGAGACGGUCCGCCCGCGUUGGCUGAGGGACCACUGACAUUUGGGGAUGUGGCUGUGGCCUUGACCCAGAUUGAGUGGAGGCACCUGGAUGCUGCUCAGCGGGCCCUGCACAGGGAUGCGAGGCUGGAGAACUGGGAAUCUGGUGUCUGCGGGAAGCAUGUCUUUCUCCUUGACUCAGAAUUGCUCUGCUCGGCCACUUUGUGUUUUCACAAGGGCUUCUGUCUUCCAAACCGAAACUAAUUGCUCAGUUGGAACAAGGGGCACAGCCGUGGAUGGAGGCCUGAGAGGUCCCAGUGGGGCCUCUUGCAGUCAAGGAGUACUGGUUUGAAACAAAGAUGUCAGCCCUAAAGCAAAAUACUUCUGAAGGAUCUGCUCUGGGAGAAGGAACAAAAAAUGUCAUGAUGGAAAGAGACCUGCACUGGGAGGGCAGAAACUCCACAGAGAAGAAGCUCUAUAAAUGUGAGGAAUGUGGGAAAGUCUUCAAAUAUAACUCCUCCUUUGUAAGCCACCGGAGAAACAGUGUUGAGAAAUCACAUAAAUGUAAAGAAUAUGGGAUAGCUUUUAUGAGCAGUUCAUCCCUUUUAAAUCAUCAUAAAAUUCAUGUAGGUAAGCAACCUUACAGAUGUAUUGAAUGUGGGAAAUUCCUCAAGAAGCACUCGACAUUUAUUAAUCAUCAGAGGAUUCAUUCUGGAGAGAAACCUCAUAUAUGCAGUGAAUGUGGAAAAGCUUUCAGGAAGAACUCUAUCCUUUUAAGCCAUCGGAGGAUUCACACUGGUCAGAAACCCUACAAAUGUAACAACUGUGGGAAAGCCUUUGCCCAGAAUGCAGCCCUUACUUGUCAUGAAAGAAUACAUAGUGGAGAGAAGCCUUUUAAAUGUAAUGAAUGUGGGAAAGCUUUCAGGGGUAACUCAAAUGUAUUGGAACAUCAGAAAAUCCAUACUGGUUGGAAACCAUAUCAAUGCAAUGAAUGUGGAAAAGCCUUUAGGAAGAGUUCAACUCAUAUAAGUCAUCAAAGAAUUCAUAGAGGAGGGAGACCCUAUCAUUGUAGUAAAUUUGGUAAAUCUUUCAGGUAUCGCUCAUCCUUUACUAAACAUCAGAAAACUAAUGGUAGAAAUAAACCCUUUCCGUGCAAUGACUGUGGGAAGGCCUUUAUGAAGAGCUCAACCCUUAUUGGACAUCAGGGAGUUCAUACUGGAGAAAAACCCUAUCACUGUAAGAAAUGUGGGAAAGCCUUCUGGCACAGCUCAGGCCUUGUCGAACAUCAGAGACUCCAUACUGGAGAAAAACCUUGUAAAUGUAAUGAAUGUGGGAAAGCUUUCCCCCAAAGUUCAGCACUUAAACAGCGUAAGAAGAUUCAUAACAAAGAAAGCCAUCAAAUGUAGUUAGCAUCGUAAAUCGUGAAGAACUAGUUUAUUCUUUCUGACCAUCAUAGAUGAAACAUUCAAUAAAGUACACAUUUAACAAAAAUAUUCUGUGUACCUCUAUGUGA